ACACGGCGAAAACACUUUUCCCCUUUUCACGAACCCUUUCUCUUCCUCUUCUUCGUUUCCACCAUAAACCGUUUCUCUUCCGUCCUUUCCAUCGGCGAUCCCAACUCGAAGUUCUUCGCUUCAAACCAAGAGACCGGAGACGAAUGGGAGCUUUUCAAGGAGAACGUCAGACCUCUCAAGAGAGGACGCAAUGUAAAUCUUCUCAACGACGCUCUCAAAUCUCACACCGACUGCCAUCGAGAAGAAGAGGAAGUUGAUUGAAGAUAUCAAAGAGUACGAUGGAUCCAGUGUAUAAAAUGGGUACAAGAAGCGUUUCCACCAGGUGGAGAGUGUCCGGGGCUAUUAGUGAUAUAUGAGCAAUGCGUUCGUAAAUUCUGACAUUACUAUGAACAAUAAAAGAUUAUCUAUCAAGUUCAGAGACUCAGUAAAGACAACAAAGAAGAGGUUUUGGAGAAAGCAGGGAAAGAUCUAGCAGCAGUGAGGGGACAAGACUUUGCUCAGUUAAUGAAAGAGCUUCAACGGACUGACUUCUGGAAGCUCCGGCGCGCUUAUUCCCAGGGGUUCAAGAGUAUGUUGAAGCUGCAACAUUUUACAAGUUCAGUGUGUCAGGAACACUCUCUAUUCUCGAUGAGAUUAUCUACUCUUUUACCUCUUAGUGACCCUUCUUUGGAGCCGCUGCAGAUCAACAUCCUUGACUAUAUUCUCGGGCUUGCGGAUUUGACUGGAGACCUAAUGAGGAUGGCUAUUGGUAGAAUCUCAGACGGUGAAGUCGAGUUCGCGCAGAGGAUUUGUCAGUUAGUGAGACAGAUUCAUAGGGAACUGUUCCUGGUCGUGCCUCAGGUGGAUGAUAGUUAUGAUAUGAAGUCAAAGAUGGAAGUGAUUCUUCAAAGUGUGAUCAAGAUAGAGAAUGCUUGCUUUAGCGUUCAUGUACAAGGAUCAGAAUAUAUUCCUCUGCUUGGAGAUGAUGCACCAAUGUCAUUCCUAUUAGGAGGUGCUGAUGUUGAAUGAUUUAAGAAGUUCCUCAGAAACCUAUUGUGAGAACUCUUGCUUCCUCUGACGUUUUUGUUGACGACGAAGAAGAAUGUACAGAAGACGGAGGAGAGAAGAAGGAGAAGAGUGAAACAAUUCAUCAUCAUCAUCAAAUGCUCUGGCGCUUAAUGAUGGCCCUGAGAUUAAGAAAGAAACAGAGCUGCCGCGAAAGAAGCCAUUAAGACAUUUCCCACCCAACAGCUUCGUUAGAUGAUGACGUUCAUCAUCAUCUCCACCAACAAUCAUACCAUAAACGAUCUUCUGAGUUUGAGUUUUGAGCUUUUAUCUAUCAAGUUCCUUCUAUUUUGUUUCAUGUUUGGAUUUGUUUUUGUGAUGUACUGAGGUUUUUAUGUACUAUGAU